AUGGGGAAAAAACUAAAAGUAGGAAAGUCUAGAAAGGACAAGUUUUACCACUUAGCCAAGGAAACAGGAUAUAGGUCAAGAGCUGCCUUCAAGCUGAUUCAGUUGAAUAGGAAAUUUGAGUUUUUGCAGCGAUCAAAUGUUAUUGUUGACCUGUGCGCUGCACCGGGUGGUUGGCUUCAGGUGGCUGCAGAGAAUGCCCCAAUGUCAAAUGUCAUUAUAGGUAUUGAUCUGGUACCAAUACCCCCAAUUCGAAAUGUGAUAACAUUUCAGGAAGACAUAACUACAGAGAAGUGCAGACAGAUCUUGAAAAAAGAGCUGCAUACAGCGAAGGCGGAUUGUUUUCUGAACGACGGUGCUCCCAAUGUUGGAAAGAACUGGAUACAUGAUGCUUAUUUACAAGCUGAACUCACACUGCAUGCCUUGAGGCUGGCAUCCGAGUUUCUCCGCAAAGGUGGCUGGUUCAUCACAAAGGUGUUCCGCUCAAAGGAUUAUGAUGCACUUAUGUGGGUUUUUGGGCAGCUGUUCAAGAAUGUGCAUGCCACCAAGCCACAGGCCUCUCGAAAUGAGUCUGCAGAAAUCUUUGUGGUGUGUCAAGGCUUUAAUGCCCCAGAUAAAAUUGACCCCAAGUUCCUGGAUCCAAAACAUGUAUUCCAGGAAGUGGACAAGACACCACGACCUACCAUAGAUUUAAUUCAUCCAGAAAAGAAGAGAAGACAGAGAGAGGGAUACCCUGAAGGAGACUACACAUUAUUUUAUACACUUCCUGUCACUCAGUUCUUUAGCAGUGAUGACUACAUGAAUUUGCUUGCUCAGUCAUCUGAGAUUUCUUUAGAUUCUGAAGAGAUCAAAAAUCAUCCACUGACAACAAGUGAGAUUAGAGAAUGCAUCAAAGACAUCAAGCUGCUGGGCAAAAAAGAGAUCAAGGCAGUAUUCUUGUGGAGAAAAAAGGUAAAGAAAGAUCUAGAAAAGAAUAAAGACGUGGCAGUAACUGACCCCAGCCCAGUUGCUGAUGAAGACAAAGAAGAAGAAGAGGAGAAGGAGGAAGCAGUAAAGGAAAUGGAUGAGGCUGAUGUAGAGGAGCUGGAAAAUCUUCUGGAACAGAAAAAUAAGGAAGAGCUGGCUGCCAUGAGGAAGGCUAAGAAGAAAGUUAGGAAAGCUCAGAUGAAGCAAAAGAUGAGAAUCGACAUGCAGAUGUCAAUCCCAGGUGACCAGCCAGACAUUCAAGAUGAUGUUAAUAUGUUUGAUAUCACCAAGAUUAGAAAUAGAAAGCAACUAUCGGAUGUUGAGAAAGGAGAUUUAAGCCACAUGGAUAAAGAUGACAUAUUUGAAGACUCUGAUGAUGAAGGCAAACAGAAACGCCGGCCACGAGAAUAUUUUGAUAAAGACGAAAAAAAAUACAUGGGAGUACAAGCAGGUGAUAGUUCUGAGGAUGAAGAGGAGAUGGAAGAAGAACCAAUGUUUGAGGAAAAGGAUGACACUGACGCAGACGAGAAAGAUGAGGACGAGAGCCAGGAAGAGGACAGUACAGAAAAUACUAACCCGCUUAUUGUCGAUCUUGGAGAAACCACACGGAUCAGGAAAGACAAACAGUCUGCCUGGUUUAAAAAGGCUGCAUUUGCAGAUUUGGGUGAUGACAUUGAUGAUGCUGAGCUUGCACAAAUGGUUCCACAGCCUGACGAGACAGCAACAGUUAAAACUAAAAAGAAAGAGGAAGCCAAACCAGAAACACAGGCAACUGAGGAUGAUAGUGAUGGUGGGUAUGACGUGGAAGACAGUCAUGAUGAUGAUGAUGAUGAUAGUAGUGAAGAUGAUGAUGACGAUGCUUAUGACUUCACAGAAGCAUUACAAACAAAUAAAAAGACAGUUAGGAAAGCUUCUAAUCGGAAAUCACAAAUAGACGGCAUUGAAAUUGUGCCCAAGGUGUCUCUUGACCCCAAUCUCAAACUGGAUUCUGAGGGCUUGGCUAUUGGAGCAGCUAUUGUCCAGUCCCGGAAAAGAAAGAGAGAAAUUGUAGAUUCAGCUUAUCAUCGAUACAUGUUUGAUGAUGACCAUCUGCCAGAGUGGUUUGCAAGUGAUGAGAAAAGACAUAUGAGGGUACAGCGACCUGUGACAAAGGAAGAAAUGGAGGAGUACAAACUCAAGAUGAAAGCCAUUGAUGCACAGCCUAUCAAGAAAGUUGCUGAAGCCAAAGCUAGAAAGAAGCGAAAGAUGCUGAAACGACAAGAGAAUGCCAGAAAGAAAGCCAAUGCUAUAUCAGAUACUGUUGAUAUUUCUGAGACAGAGAAAUGGCAACAGAUCAAGCAGGUGUAUAAAAAAGCUGGCCUGCUCAAGAAGACAAAAGAAAGCAUCACCUAUGUCGUCGCCAAGAAAGGUGCAGGAAAGAAAGUUCGUCGACCAGCAGGUGUCAAGGGCCACUUCAAGGUUGUGGAUGGCCGAAUGAAAAAAGAUGUCAGAGCUCAGAAACGGUCAGAAAACAAGGCAAAAGCAAACAAGAAAGGUGGAUUUAAAGGCAAAACAGCCAAAAGAAGUAGAGUACGGAAAUAA